AUGAAGAUGCGACUGUCAGCAUGGCUGAUGCUGGCUCUGCAUGUGAGUGCAAGCGGGGAGAGUGCGGCACACUUCGGACCGGGUGGCUGCGUCUCUGCCUGGCUCUCUGAAAGCAAGAGCUGUGUGGUACAAACCUCCUGUGCCAAGCAUGCUGCGCAGCUGGCGAGCUACGCACUGCGCUUGGUCUGCGUGGGCCACGACGGUGGGCGGGUGCUGCACAGCUUUCAGGAAGGUACCUUUGAUGCCGAGGAGACCUUCGACACCCACAUCACCUGCCAACGUUGCGACUCCGGCGACGACGUGGAGCCAGUCACGGCUGUCGCGCCGGCAGCCCUGGCGAAGGAGAGAAGUUUGGUGACGGUGAAUGCCUCAGAGUUGCAGGGUCUUGAGGAGGAGGUGAAGCUGCUGAAGAGCAGCAUGGUCAGCAUGGCCAAGGUGGUGGCGCAAUUAAAGCUCCAAGUCACCUCCAAGUCCGCGGCGCAGCCACACGGCCUCCGUGGCAGUGCUGUGACCAAUGCGACGGUGGCGGCUCCAGUUCCCAACGUCACGGCACCAGUUCUUCUUGCGCCUGUUCCCAACGUCACGGCACCAGUUCUUCUUGCGCCUGUUCCCAACGUCACGGCACCAGUUCUUCUUGCGCCUGAGAUCAACACGAGUUUCUUUCUCCGCGAAGCUCUCGCAGCCUCUGCCAACACAACGAGAUCGGCGGCUGGGCCGGCUCCGCCGAUGAGAGUCCAGGCACCUAGUGGCACCAGUGGUGCACUGAACCCAACAGCUGCGCUGCGGACGCUGCGGAAACGCGGCGCCAGCUUUUUGGGCGUGGACCGCCUCGAUUCCGCGGAGCGCGCGGCCCUGGCCGCUUCGGUGGCGUCGGCGCAGAAGGAGGCGGAAGAAGCGGCGCUCCAGGCCGAAAAGGACGCCGAAGCCUUGACCAACACCGUGGCCGCUUGGCCGGAGACACAGGUGCUUUACACAUGUGGCUUUUAA